CCUAUUGACUCUCUUAGAAAGGCCGGCUUGGUUAACCACACAUUCAUAUCUCCAUACCGGCCUACGAAAAUCACGAUGCAUUGGCUUUACAUAGGCAUUUUUGCGUAUUGCUCCCUAUCGCUUGUCAUCUUCAUCAUCACUCCUUCUACUCGCGUACGAUCCCAUGUAUCCCCACACCUUCCAGUAAAAAUCACAAACGUGGCAAGGUCUUCAUGUGUGAGCAUGUGUAAGAACCCAGACAAGCUCUUUCGCAAAGAGAGCCAUACCAAGGAGGAACCUUUGGAGGAGUGGAAGGUCGCUUUCCCCCUCGAUCCCUCGCACGAUUGCCAGCUCUGA